AGAAGCUGGGACGCCUAGCGCACAGAGUCUCCCUCCAGCUCGCGCCGCCGCUGCCCUUCCUGUAGGGCCACUAUGCCCUCCUACACUGUCACUGUUGCCACCGGCAGUCAGUGGUUCGCGGGCACCGACGACUACAUCUACCUAAGCCUGGUGGGCUCCACAGGCUGCAGCGAAAAGCACCUGCUGGAUAAACCCUUCUACAACGACUUCGAGCGUGGCGCGGUUGAUUCUUACAAUGUAACCGUGGAUGAAGAACUGGGUGAGAUACAGUUGAUCAAAAUUGAGAAGCGCAAAUACUGGCUCCAUGAUGACUGGUACCUGAAGUACAUCACGCUGAAGACACCCUACGGGGACUACAUUGAGUUCCCCUGCUACCGCUGGAUAACAGGAGAGGGGGAGAUUAUCCUACGAGAUGGCCAAGCAAAAUUGGCUCGAGAUGACCAAAUUCACACUCUCAAACAACACCGACAUAAAGAACUGGAAGCACGGCAAAAACAGUAUCGGUGGAUGGAGUGGAACCCUGGUUUCCCCUUAAGUAUUGAUGCCAAAUGUCACAAGGAUCUACCUCGAGACAUCCAGUUUGAUAGUGAGAAAGGAGUGGAUUUUGUUCUGAACUACUCCAAAGCCAUGGAGAAUCUGUUCAUCAACCGCUUCAUGCACAUGUUCCAGUCCUCUUGGAGCGACUUCGCAGACUUUGAGAAAAUCUUCGUCAAGAUCAGCAAUACUAUUUCAGAGCGAGUCAUGAAUCACUGGCAGGAAGACCUCAUGUUCGGCUACCAGUUCCUAAAUGGAUGUAAUCCUGUACUGAUCCAGCAGUGCAAAAAACUACCUGAGAAGCUCCCAGUAACUACGGAGAUGGUGGAGUGCAGCCUGGAGCGACAGCUCACUCUGCAGGAGGAGGUUGAGCAGGGGAAUAUUUUCAUUGUGGACUUUGAACUGCUAGACGGCAUUGAUGCCAACAAAACAGAUCCCUGCACAAUGCAGUUCCUGGCUGCACCCAUCUGCUUGCUGUACAAGAAUUUAGCCAACAAGAUGAUCCCAAUCGCAAUCCAGCUCAGCCAAGUCCCAGGAGAUGACAACCCCAUUUUUCUCCCUUCGGAUGCAAAAUAUGACUGGCUUCUGGCCAAAAUCUGGGUGCGCUCCAGUGACUUCCAUGUCCACCAGACCAUCACCCACCUUCUGCGCACACACCUAGUGUCUGAGGUUUUUGGCAUUGCCAUGUACCGCCAGCUUCCUGCCGUGCAUCCCAUCUUCAAGCUUCUGGUGGCCCAUGUUCGGUUCACCAUUGCCAUCAACACUAAGGCCCGUGAGCAGCUCAUCUGUGAGUAUGGCCUCUUUGACAAGGCCAAUGCUACAGGGGGUGGUGGGCAUGUGCAGAUGGUACAGCGGGCCAUGCAGGAGCUGACCUACACCUCCUUGUGCUUCCCUGAGGCUAUCAAGGCCCGGGGCAUGGACAGUACAGAGAACAUUCCUUACUACUUCUAUCGGGAUGACGGGCUGCUGGUGUGGGAAGCAAUUAAGAAAUUCACAGGAGAGGUGGUGGCUAUUUACUAUGAGGAUGACCAGGUAGUGGUGGAGGACCAGGAGCUGCAGGACUUUGUGAAGGACAUUUAUGUGUACGGCAUGCGGGGCAGGAAGGCUUCAGGCUUUCCUAAGUCCAUCAAGACCAGAGAGAAACUGUCAGAGUACCUGACUGUGGUGAUCUUCACCGCCUCAGCACAGCAUGCAGCAGUGAACUUCGGCCAGUAUGAUUGGUGUUCCUGGAUCCCCAAUGCGCCUCCCACCAUGAGGGCUCCACCACCAAAGGCCAAGGGUGUGGUCACCAUUGAGCAGAUCGUGGAGACGCUGCCAGACCGCGGCCGCUCAUGCUGGCACCUGGGGGCAGUGUGGGCCCUGAGCCAAUUCCAGGAGAAUGAGCUGUUCCUGGGCAUGUAUCCAGAGGAGCAUUUCAUUGAGAAGCCAGUGAAGGAGGCCAUGGCUCGAUUCCGCAAGAACCUCGACACCAUCGUCAGCAUGAUUGCAGAGCGCAACAAAAACAAGAAGCUACCAUAUUACUACUUGUCUCCAGACAGGAUCCCCAACAGCGUGGCCAUCUGAAUGACCCAGCAGUGCCAGCUUCAUGCUGCAAAGUC